AUGUGGGCCUCGAGCCUCAUCAGCGCCCUGCCCAGCUUCUUAUUCGGGUACUGUCUCUCAGCGCUCAACACCGUGCUCGUCACGGGAGACGCCGCCAGCCCGGGGGCCUGCCUCUCCGGGGAGGACGCCACCUGCCCCACGGGCUCGACGCUCAGAGACCUGGACCUGCCCACCGUCCAGCAGGAGGUGGCCACCUCCCUCCUGGUCGCGGGGGCCUGGCUGGGGUCCAUGAUGGCAAGCAGGCCGUCGGAUGCGCUCGGCCGCCGGGCGACGCUGCUGUACAACAACGCCCUGUUCAUCGCGGGCGGCUUGUUGUGCGCCGUGGCUGUGGGGUCCUCGGAACUGUUCGCCGGGAGGUUCCUGGCAGGAAUGGGUGUCGGUUGUGGUUCCGGCGUGGUGCCCGUCCUUCUCUCCGAGGUGUCCUCCCCGAAGAACCGAGGGGCCGUGGGCUCGAUCCACCAGCUCAUGAUCAACCUCGGCAUCCUGUCCUCCGGGCUCCUGGGAUACGCGCUCGUCGAGGACGUGCCGCAUGGCUGGAGAUACGUGCAAGGGUUCAUCGUCGUCCCCGCCGCAGUACAGCUCGCGCUCGCGGGACUCGUGCCGGAGUCGGCGCGGUGGCUGGUGAAGCAAGGCAGAAUUGCCGAAGCGAAGGCUGUUCUCCGGAAGCUUCACGGCGGAGGGGGGGCAGGGGGAGCAGGCGGGGGGCAGACCGACGACGAGAUUGGCCGCGAGGUGGAUGGCAUGGGCGGGAACAAGGGCGAGGAGCACAAGGGCAACGUGUCGUGGGCUGAGGUGUUCGCGUACCGGAGGCCCGUGAUGAUCGGAGUAUUGCUGAUGCUGAUUCAGGCGUUCACGGGGAUCAACACGGUCGUCUUCUACUCGACGACAAUCUUCGAGCUGGCAGGCGUCGACAACACGGUUUUGGCGACCGUUUCCGUGGGACUGACCCUCGUCGUGAUGACCUCCGUGUCCGGGAUCCUGGUCGACAAGGCCGGGCGGAGAAGCCUCAUGCUGAUAGGCACGCUCGUCAUGGCCCUCGCCCUGGCCAUCCUGAGCGGCUCGCUGCUUUGGCUCAACGCGACGCCGCGGGCACAGGGAUGUCUGGCGGUGGCUGCGACUCUCCUCUUCAUCUCGGGCUUCUCCCUCGGCCAGGGAUCCGUCUGCUGGAUCCUGCUCACGGAGAUCGUCCCGUCCAGGAUCCGCGCACAGGCGUUCUCCAUCUUCACGGCCAUCAACUGGCUGUCGAACCUCUUCAUCGGCCUCUUCACCCUCUCGGCGAUAGACGCCAUGGGGGAGUGGUUGCUCCCGUCUUCGGGAGGCGGGUCGUCGUCGCCGUCCGCUCGGGACCAGCAGAAGGUCGGCGUCGCCGGGCUGUACGCCGUCUUCUGCGUCCUGAGCGUGCUGGCGGUGGCGUUCAUCUACUUCUUCGUGCGCGAGACGAUGGGGAAGUCUCUCGAAGAGCUCGAGGAAGGAGGAGGCGGUGGGGGGUCGGCAGGCGGGGGGAGCGCGGACCGGCUUGCGUUCGACGUGGGGGGAGCACGCGAAGGGCUUGGCGACGACAGCGAGUCCACGAACGCCUUGCUGCAGCUGUCCGAGCACGGUGGUGCCGAUGAUGAGGACGGAGAGGGCGCAUGCCGAGUAUUGAUAUAGUGUAGUGCUCCUGCGGGAAUGUACAACGUGCUUUAUCUCAUGAUUGCGGUAAUUUUUUGUUUUUUUUACCUGUGCCGUGUGUGAUAGAUCGAUCAAUGAACAAUAGUAUAGUGGUGUGCGUUGAGGGUUUGUGCCGGUGACGGGGGUCGUUGCAGGAGGCGACGAUAACUCUGGACCGCUCUCGUCCGGAAGGAGGAGAAAUACAGCGUACCAAGAGAUGACUCACAACAAGUCGGUUCUUUACCCAGGACGUGGGAAGAACACUUGCCGCACAACAUUCUCAACUGGUGACGUUGGUCCUUUCGGAGGAAGAGCCCACUUGCUGCCUCUUGUACAGUCUCCCCCAGGAAAAUCGAAUUCGACCAAGGUUUCUCGACAACCUAAGAACCUUCAUCGAAAUUGACCUUGCCCCAGGACAAAACGUGCUACGCUCGCUCUGCAGAGCGAACCGCCUUAAACAGCGGGCGAGUCCAUUCGCAGACGUUGCUCCCAUGCAAACUUCUCGCAGGCACAACGUUUGAGUGUGCCGCGAAAACAUGUGUUUGGCGUGUCCGGGAUUCCUUCUUUUGAAAAUAAGCACUUGAUUAUCUCCUUUUGGUCCUAGAAUUCCAGGCUCUUCCCAGCUUGGAUGGGGCGAGCGUGGGCUUGUGUAGGCGAGUAUAGUCCAUCCUGCCGGUUCCCCCUGGAGAACCUCGGGAUACGGUCGGACAGGAACAGCUUGAAAAAUAGUUCGAUACAAAGCAGCCCUGCUCGGGUUUGAUUUGCUCUUUGUUGUUUUCAUCACUUUUUUAUCAGCGCUGACCGCUCACAGCUUCUUUGUUCAUCACUUUUUGCGCUGAGAGCUGACAGCUUCUUUGUUCCAUCACUUUUUAUCAAUGCUCACAGCUCACAGCAUUUCUGCCGGGUAGGAGCUCCAAUCAAUCCGUGGUCACACAGAAGAGAUCCCUGAGGCCCCCUACCCACCCCUCUUGCGGUUCUUUCCUUGGAUGGUUUAAUGCGAGAAGAGUGCAGCACUCUCUUCCCUCAAAGUCUACACACGACCUACCAGGACUAACCUCACCUUGUUCCGUGUCGGCGACUUUUGGCGAGACUUAGACUAAUGGCCUAUUAGACAUGUUUGCCGAGCUUGGUUAUUCAAACCAGUUGCUUCCACCUUCGUUCCCCGCGCAUGCCCACGUUCGGUCUUUUAAUAUCAACCCAAUGAAUGCUUGUCAAGUGGUUGGAUAUAGCACUCACAUGAUGCCUGCACCCCAUACCUUAACGGUACAUCUGAUCUCCGUUUUACCCCCAUCUUCCUCCCUCUUUAUUGCCGUGUCGCUGGUCCAUAUGCCGAAACACCAAACAGUACAUAAACAAAUACGGGUGCCUGACCCCCCCUUCUCCGAACGCUAGCGAUCGGCCCCGGUCGGUGAGCC